GGUGAAGAGCGCAUUCGUCCUCGCAAAGGCACGCUGUAUGGUGUCCAGAGAAGACUUCAUAGUUUCUCCCUGCAGGAACUGGGGCUCUUUGGCAUGUCCAACAUGACAUCAAAAGCCGAGGUAAGCCAACCAGAUCUGCAAAUCAAAACAGUUGUGUCCCGAGAACACUGGAUCAACACCGCAACGCAUCCAAGAGCCGGUACCGUGAAGUUCGAUGCCGGUUACAAUACAAAAGGCGCAAAUUUCGUGACCGCGAUCCUAUUGUCGGAAGCGCAGUACUUGGGUAACGAGACAAGGCCAGACAUUCUAGGCUAUCCACUCUAUAAUAUCAUACUUGUAGAGGAACUAAACCCAAAAGGUAAUGUAAGGGUUAUGGAGCGUGUAGGUCUUGGUAGGAUAUACAAA